AUGGCCGCCGCCCGACUCCAUUGGGCUCCCGGAGUCCUUUGGGUUCUGCUACUGUUCCAGUUGCUUGCCCUUACUCUCGCCCAAUCCGUCCCGACCGUCACUACCGCUCUCGAGUGUGCCUGUGAGAACUUGACGCCCGGCACCGUCGCCCCCAAGUUCAACAACGGAUCUUCCUCUGUCUGCCCUUGUGCCUGUGGAAAGACCACCUGGGUCCCUACCACGUACACUGAGGUCUACACUCUUUACGAUUCCACGACUUCUGAAGGCCCGAUUGUCGCCGCUCCUUCUGCUACGCUGUCCAAUUCUUCUGCUCUCAGCAGCUUCUUCAGCAGCAUAGCCUCGUCCGUUCGAAACUUUACGACUUCAAUCAAUGGCACCGGCAUCGUCUCGUCGUCUUGGACUCACUUGUUCCCUAGUCACAAUGUGACAAGUGUCCAGCAUACUACUACGGCGUCUGGCAUCUUCUGGACUGGACCAGGUAGCGGUAUUGGUGGAACCUUCACAUCUCAAACCGUUAUCUGGAAGAACUCAACUACGAGCUCUCUGUUGUCGACGAACAGAACCAGUAGCAUUCCCAUUUGGAUCAACUCCACCAUGACUACCCUCAGAUCUGGCGGCCACCUCUCGUCCAAUUCCUCAGCCCCUUCGAGAUCUACCAUGUCGACUCUCAACUCUGGUGGAUUCCAAUCUGCCAACAAUUCGGCCCCUCUGAGUGUACCAACGCCGUCUGUUCGAUCCAAGCCUUCAGUCUCUUCAUCCUCCGGGAUUGGUUCGGGAACCACAACUCCUGUCCCAGUCAGCACCACUGCUCCCCCUGCCUCGCCCAUUGCAUCUAGCACUCUUCCACUCCAGACAAACUCGUCCGUGCCUACAACCGGAUCAGAGAAGACGUCGAGCAAGGCUUCCGCUGCAUCAACAAGUUCCCAGCCCACAGAAACAUCCAACCCUGCCCUUGUCCCGCCUUCCGGCACCAUCACCGUCGAGCCUCUGGCCGGAAAGAAGACAGAUGGAAGCUUGAAGACCACCAGUGUCACCUGGCUGUCCAUCGACGUCCCAACCGGGACUACCAUCAACGGCGAUGUCAUCACGACCACACGCAACAUCCUUGGCCAUGGCAUGGAUAUUGGCUUCGGCACCAAUAAACCAGCGGGCAAAACGGAGCCUGAUGAACCCGAACCCUCCCAGUCCGAGAAGGAGACAUCCACGUCCACUUCAACCUCAUCCUGCACCCAGACAUACACCAUCGCUCCUCACUGUACUCAACCAUGUGUCGUCUCGCAAAUUCGAAGCCAGGGAACGAGCAGCUUCACCACCAGCUGCGCGACAGCCACCUGUCGAACCACGCAGCUCUGUACUAGCAUCGAAACCACCACCACAACCACUUACACGACCAAGAAGCCCAAGCCCACCGCCGGCUGCAUGGCCGGAAAGUGUCUCUCAUGCCAGGAUGACAACAACAAGCUGGAAGCUCGACAAGGCUGGUGGGACGAGGACAUUCUCACCGAGACCAUUUCCGAACCUGAAGAAUGGCACGAAGGCGAGUACGAGUGGUGGGAGAAGAUGCGCCGCGUCGCAAAGUACUACGGUCCCGGUCUGGCCAUGGGAAGCAAGACGGGACACGACUCCUCGGCCUCCUGGGAAGCUUUCGGUCCCACCCCCCACGGCGGCGGCGCCGGUCCCGUCUGGGGCUGUACCAUCAUCGCCUCCUUUUCCCCCGAGGGCGUCUACGCCAACCACCUGUGGGAGAUUCCCAACUUCAACAUCCCGCCUGAUGAAGAGAAGUACUUCAAGGUCGAGAAGGGCUACCGAGAGCCCUACUACUUUGAGCAGAACGUCAACCGCUUCCUUCAGUAUGGCUCGCUCGACACGCCCAAGCAGAAGGAAUAUCCCGCGCUGUGCCCGAUGAACCUCCCCGGCGGUCCCCUCUACGGCGAUAACUACCAAUUCUUCCGCACAAUCAUGUUCGUUCCCAUCGAGACGACGGGCAAGAUGUACUACGCUCACCAAAACUCCAUGAUCAUGUCGAUUCUCACCGAGAAGUGCAAGAUUGACAAGAAGUACAUCACCAUUUACGGGUACGAACCCAAAGAAGUGCUCGACAAGGACUUCCAGUACGAUUUGGGCCGCGCCACACCCCCUGCCGACCGCCGCGCCUCGAACCCCUGGGACGGCCUCUUCAGCUGGCAGUACACGCCCAAGGGCCCCAGUGGCAAGAAGGAGCUCGUGGUUCGCUUCGAGAAGAGUAUCAUCCACCGAGAUGCCUGGUGCGGAGACGGACUUGUCACGCAGCCGGAGGCCCCCGUCCGGUUUGACCUCAGACCGAGUCCCCCUCGCGAUCCGAACCAGGAUACGACUCGUCCUUCCGCUAACAAUUCUCCCCCCCCUUCCGACGACGAAGAUACUCCCCGCCCGUCCGACACUGGUACCCCUCGCCCUCCAGCAAAGAAGCUCAAGCUCAGACAAGAUGAAGGAACCUGCCCACGCAUGAUCGCCUGCGGUCUCGGCUCUCCCAAGUUGAGCGUGUGCGACUACAAGAAGUUCCCUCCCCCGCCCCUCGAAGGUCCCUCGCGCCUCAAGCCCCGAGCACCCCCUUCCAACGACCCCGCCAAGGGCCCGAUUCAGGCGGAGAUAGAUCUCGAAUCAGAGAUCAUGAUCGAGCCCAAGGACUCCAUCGGCGGUGAGCGAUGGUGGUACACCCGCAUGCGCCAUGUCGUCGACGAGCGAGGCCCAGGCUACGGCGGCGUCACCAACGUCCCGGAGAUCUGGUCCACGAGUUCCAUGGUCAGGUUCAACCAAGAGGUCGACGGCACGUACACGAACAGGCCGCGCUUUGGCGGCUCCGGACCCGUCUGGGGCUGCACCGCCGUGGUCGUCGCGUCCCCGGCCGGCGUCUGGACCAGUCACAUAUGGGAGAUUCCCACCUUCAGCCUGGGUGCGGAGUUCGGCAGCGGCGACACGACCGAGUGGGCCAGGAUCUACCCAAGAUCGCAGAUUGAGUACUUUGGAGAAGGCGUCGUGGACUUCCUCUCCUGGGGCAACAAUCGCGGCUCCUACAGGCAGCUCAAGGACGGCAAGGUCCCCACGCGCAACCCGGGCUUCGUCGAGUUCGCGGCAAAGAACUCGGGCGAGCCCUUUGACGUCAAGACCAAGACGUGGCUCUGGGCCGGCAUCAUCACCCGCGCUCACAAGGACAUGAGGGGCCCUUCCUUGCAGUAUCAGGACUCGGCGAUGCGGACAGCGUAUAGCUGGCAGGUGGAGCAGAUUCAAAACAUCUUGAAGCAGAAGCUGGGCAUCAACGACAGAGACUUUGUCAAGAUCUUCACGUACGCGCCACGCCCGAACAUGGCGCAAAACAACCCCGGCAUGCCGCCCGAGUCCGGCCUCGUCAACUGGCAAUAUCACCCCUCGCACGUUGAGGAGGGCACGAAGCACUCGGAGAGGAAGCUGCGCAUUCGGUUCGAGAAGCACGUCAUCUUUGAGAAGACGUGGUGCGGUUCUGGCAACAAGGUUAUCAUCGCAGACGGAUCCACCAAGCCGCCUCCGCCUCCGCCCCCGUCGAAGCACCGUCGUCAGGAAGAUGAAGGUGGUGAGGUCGAGGCCUGUCUGUUGGCGCAUAACUCUUUGUCAGCUGCCGCUUCCGCGUCUUCCGUUGCCGCCUCGGCCGCCUCCUUGCUUCCGCGCCCUACCCAGAUGUGUACCGCCGACGCCCAGUGCGGCUCUCUUGCAUGCCCUCAGCCCCGGUUCGGUGCCUGCUUGUAUGGUGCUUGUCGAUGUGUCCUCUCCGAGAGCCUCAGCUACACCAAGACUCCAGCCACUCCGGUGCCUGGGAUGUACACCAACACUGCGUUGCCUGUGAACUACACAUCCCCGACAAACCUCAUCACGUUGUCCACAGACUCCCCGACAAGCAGCAUCUCUUCCAAUGGUUCUACUUCAAGAACCUCCUGGACUGGCGAUAACGAUUGGUUAUUCCCCACAGCCACCAAGAACGGUUCUUCUUCCACAGCCUCCGCGCUGUUCACCGUCACCCUCUCGGCCUGGGACCCCUCCCAGACCUCCAUCAUCGGCUGCAACACGACCCAGGACUGCUCUUCCCUCCCCUGUGGUAGUAACCAGACAUACGCUUGUAUCACUCAGGGCGCGAAUCCCAAGCCAACCUGCCGCUGCGUCAACCGCCCCAAGCUCUUCGAGCCCUGCACCGCGCCAGCAGACUGCGAACACCUGAAGUGCGACGCAAACCACUUCUCCGCCUGUCGCCCGCUCAUUGACUUCCCCGGAGCAGACCCCAUCUGUCUAUGCGAUGCCCUCACCCUCAAGCCGGGCGCCUUCUGCACAGUCGACUCCCACUGCGACGGCCUCCCCUGCGACGGCACCAAGAACCGCCGCGGCAAGUGCAUCAAGCCUACCUCAGACGACACCGGCGGUGUCGGCCUCUCGGGCGGCUGCCAGUGCGACUACUACCAAUCCGAAGGCGUCGGCUGCGCCUCGCACGACGACUGCUCCACGAUCCGCUGCUUCGAAGACAAGCCCUACAAGUCCUGCACCAUCCCCGACGGCCCCCUCGACAAGGAAGCCAACUUCUGCGCCUGUGCCGCCGAGAAGCCUCCCCGCCGUCUCGCCGAGGGCGACAAGUGUACCGCGCACAAGGAGUGCGCCACGAUCGGGUGCACAGAGUACGAGGUCUCGGUCUGCGAGAAGGACACGUGCCGCUGCCGCUCCUUCAUGUGCAGUGGCAGCCGGGACUGCGACUCGAGCGCGCUCGACUGUGCUGGCAAGGGGAACCUGCUGUGCGGUGAGAAGGGUAUGUGCGAGUGUAAGCCCUGCACUGAGAACUGGAAGGGCUUGACUUGUUUGGUGGAUUCGGAUUGCAACCACUGCUGCAACCGCGGGACCUUGCCCAAGUGCAAGUUUACUCGUCUCGAGUUCUGGUCUGGUAAUGAGUGUCAGUGUGAUCUUUGGAAUUAG